UGUGAAGCACAAUCCUCUUCUACUUCCACAAAAAAGUUCUCAAAACUUUACUCUCAUUUCCAAUCACCCAAAACAACUCCAAAUCUCGCCAUGUCUUCUGACGCGCACACCGGUGGUGACCUCAGCGACCUCGCUGUCAAGGGUACCAAGAUCCCUAACGACGCUGGCAUCCAAAACACUAUCCCCUCCAAGCCCCGACCGGGCCAGGCCGACGUCACCAACACUUCUGGCGGGCUAGGUGCCGAAAACCUUGCUGGUGCGGCCGAAAACCCCAAGGACAUGCCUGCUGGUCCUGUCGACACUGGCGCUACCGGCGAAGUCAUCACCGGCCAGGGUGAUCAGCUCCCUCCCGGCGUCGAGAAGAAGCACUUCUAAACGGCUACCGCCGUAAUGGCUUCGAAGUUAUUGUCGUCCACGCCGAUUCAUUUUACUUGCAACAGUCACACAUCUUGCAUAUACCGAUCCGAACGCUGCAAAAAGUUUCUCAUUCCUGCAUCUCGCUUUCUUCCGCCUGGAGUUCAUAACAGACGAUAUUGAUAUCCACUGUGGUCGGCAAAGUUUUACAUAACGAUUGUCAUGACGGACAUGUAUAUUAUUAUGGAGUUUUCCGCUUGUACGAUUCUGUCGGUUUAGAGCAUAGCAUGUGGUCCAAAUUGAGGCUCGGACCUUUUAAAAAAAUCAAUAUAGAAC